GACCGUCGUAUCAAUCACACCGCGCGCGUCCGCACAAUAGCACACGGGCCGACCGCGCCGCGGAAUCGUCUCAAGUACACCGGGCGAGUAUUUUUUUUUUUCGGCAAAUUCAAAUAGUAAGGCGAAUUUUUUUCCCCCUCUCAAAAAUUAAUUUCCCGCUAACGGAAUCGGUUUGUUGAUAAUUAUCACGUCACGCCGAUAACGACAAUUAAAAAAAAAAUAUAUAUAUUAAAAAUUAAUAAACAGAUUCGCUAUUAUCACCCGCGAGUCGCCGCCGCCGCCAUACGGUUUGGCCGUUAAACCGCAUAAAUUUCAACAGCGGUCAUUCGAUUCAGUGGUUGGAUUUUGAAUCCAAGUCCUUUGACAGAACCGACCGACAUAUUAUUCUCGUUGGACACCACCGGAAUCUAGAAAAACCGAAAAAGAAAAACAAUGUCGUUCGUCCGACGCGAUUCCUUGGUCUUCGCACUGUUAGUAGCGAUUGCAUUGGUCGAUCAUUUUCACAUCGAUCCGGCGAGCGCAUUCAAAUUAAACGAUCACAAUGACGAGGAACUACUGUCGCCCGGGUCUUCCUUUCAAAAAUUGAAACACUCUCCGGUCGAGAGUUUGCUAGAUCCCGUCUCCAUUGCAGACAAAGACGAAACCCAGCGAUCGGUCAGGAAGAGCGCCGUGAUGUUCAACAAAGCAGACAUUACGACAACGACUCAACCGAGUAAUAUUGUAGCGUCGCUUUUCCGGUUGAACGAAGAAGAGGGCACCACCUGCAUCCUGCUCAGGGUAGACGCCGUCAUAGAAGUGAAAUUCAAAACAAAACUCGGCUCCGAAGACCAAACCGACCUGUAUGUUCCUGAUGACGCCGAAGUCAGCGGAGACUGCAGCAACGAGGACGAUGCCACGCUAAUACUCAAAUGGAAAAAUUUUGUAUUCACUUGGUACUUCACAAAGACGUUGGGCGGCGAGAGAUGGUUCGUUAAGGCUUUGGAACUGGAGAUCAACACGGCCGACAAACAUUUCGAACAUAUCAAGACCAGAGACAAGAUCGUGAGAUUGUCGACGACAAGCAGCUACAGCGCACUGUUGUUCAUGACGCCGGUCGGCCAAUCUUAUUCGUGUCAAAAGGAAAUCAGCGUUGUGCUCAGCGACCAGAACGUGCCCACGAUAAAAGGCUACGUGUUGCUAAGGGCCUUCACCGUGCAACCGUUUAUAUUCAAAAACGACGAAUUCGGUCCAGCAUACCCUUGUUCGCCCAUCGGAGCCGGAUCCAUGAGAAACGAGACCGUUCCGUUCAUAUUCGGAGUGACUUUGGCCGCUGUGGCUUUGCUCACGGUCGGCGGAUACGCGGUGUUCAGACACUUCAAAAUCAAGAAAGUCCAAUACGACACUAUGGAGUAAAUCACACGACCGACCAUCGUCAGAUAUAACAUUCUUAUACCUAACGCAUUUUUUUAGAAAAUGCUCUCACCUACAUAUUAGUUUAUACCUAUACGAUUUUACCUUUUCUAGAUUCCUUUUGACAACUAUAAUUUUUAUUAAAACACUAUUAUUACCUAUUAUCACUAUUUAUAUAUUCGAUUUUUAACCACAGACACUCACACAUUUACACACGUUAUUCCUCAAAAAUCACCAUCACUUGUAACUAUUUAAUUAUUAUUAUUCGCAAUUAAAAUAUUAUCGAAGAUCAGUUAUAAAAAAAAAUAUAUAUAUCAACAAUACGUUUAUCAAUAACAAUGCUACGCAAUAGUUUACCAUCGUUAUUUUCUCCCCCUCGUCUAUUCUAUCAAACCAAGGCGGAUUAUGUGAUAACAGCUACAAAAUAGUUUCACAAUAUUUGUUUUUACUCAAUUGACUUCUUUUACGCUUUUACCAUACCAUUUGUAAGUAGACUUUAUCUCUACCUUAUUAGGUUUUAGUGCGGUUCCUUUUUUCGACCCUAACUGUCGGUCGAGCAAAGGAACAGCACUAUUCCGUACUAAUAGUAAUUAUCGUCAAUUAAUAGUAGAAUAUAAAAUAAUAUUUUAACUAUAUAAAUGUAAAAGCACGUAUCAGCUCGAUUUGCGCUGUUUAAUAUUGUCUCAAGACUUAGGUGUGCACGGGGGGCAAGUAAAGAUAAAUUCGAAGCAGUAAUUUAUUGUGUGCGCGUUCAACUCCUGAUAGAAUACCAUAAUGGCAUCUUAAAACUUAAAUAAUUAGAUUUUUAUCUACGGCUAUUAUCACGCCGUAUAAUAACGCGUGCCGUCGCACCAUGUCGAAAAAAUAUUACUAUAAUUAUUAUCAUAAUUUUCUUUCCAGUACCUUUAUUGUACAAAUUGCUAAACUUUCAAAGGUCUCGACCUAAAUCUAACCAUAUCUGAUUCGGCAUUUUGGGCGACCGCAAACGCCCCUUAACUCCAUACACUUUGAGUCCUCUUGGAUUUUAUCGUUUUAUGUCAUACUUUUUAGCGUUUAUAAUACUGUGCACCGUGUAGAUUAGUUAGGAGUGAUUCCGACCGCCACGCUGGUGAACGCGCACAUUUCUAUCAGCUAACAUUUUUUUUUCAACAUAAAACUUAACAAGAUUUGCGUUUGUUGCAAGGACCAUCAUUAGUAUAUCUAACUUGUAUUAAUUUUACUAACAUACUAGUAAUAAUCGUGUAUUUAGUUAAAUCUAAGGACUUCUAAGACGCCUCUAAAGCGUUUCGGUCGAUCUAGUCUAGAAAUAGUACUACUAUAAUAUUAUAUAGGUGUGACAUACAUAGAUGUCGGUAGGUACUAGCUUUUUAUUUAUAAUCCACUGGUCAUUUCCCCCCCCCCCCCCCACCAUAUACUCCAUUAAUUAUUAUAAUAUAUCAUUAUCUAUUCAUAAUAAUAUGCUCGUUGUUUUUUUUUGUUGUUAAUUUAAAAAAAAAGAAAAUAAUUGUCAUUUGUUCGUCACCGGUUUGUUUUCAAUAGCACUCGCACCGCACAUGUUUUAUUAAACUUUUUACUUACUAUAUGAUAAUGAUAUUGUCGUAUUCUAUCAUUCGUGUUUUUAUUCGACAGAGCAAUAAAAUUAGAUCUAAUUUUAAUAUUACUCGUAUUGUUCCUAUAAGCGAUGAUAUCACGUCUUAAUACAUUCGUAUUGUAUUGGCUCUACUACAUAUCUUACACGUCUAGUCAAUAGCGCACAGGGUAACGUCAACCUAGACCUCCUACUGAUUAAUAGUAUGUCUCAUAACAUACCAUAUUAUAAUUAAAUGAUCAAUGGUACCCUGUGUAACUCGUGUUCUCGGUUUGUCAUAUCGCACACAUUCUAUUACAUAAGAUAAUUAACGGUAAUAUUAUAAUACUUACAUUAUGUUAUUGGCAUUCUUGUAUGUUUUUCUUUUUUUUUAAAUACAAGUAAUUUGUGUUAGAAUUAAAAUGUAUGUAUAAUAGUGGUCAAGAGCAUAAUAUGUCCCAAUGCCAUAUUGCGCACGGUCACCAUUAUCUUAUUUAACAACAGAUUAAUUCGUAAUGAAGUGGAUUUUCGAUUUUUCAGUAGAACCGUUAGAAAGUAUUCGACUUACAAUCACCUUAAGCAGCCCAUGUAGGGGCUAUGCCAUCAAUAUUAGAAAGACCUCCUCCCAAAGGUUUUAACAUAAACUUCGGAAUUAGCAAUCUGUUUCUCCAUUCAUCAUAUCGAAUCUCAUUGACAUAACCUCAACAUAAUCUCGUUUUAAUAACGGUAAUUGCAAUUUAAAAAUAAAAUAAGGUAACACAAAACACAUGACGGUCGCAUGGUAAAAAAUCCACUAUAAACAUGUACGAUUGAUAAUUUUGUUUGUUUUUAAUUGUAUCAUUAUAUUGUUGCAUUGUUUUUUCUUUAACAAUUACGUUACAAACGUAAUACUUAAUAUUUAAUUGAAGCAUGUAAUUAUUUAUUUAUUAUUAUUAUUAUUAUGUAUUAAUGUAGACAAAUACAACAUAAUGAUAGUACAUGACAUUAAUCAUAAACUAUUUUAGCGAUUCUUAAUUACAAUAUGGAAGUAAUAUAAAUUAUAUUAUACUUAACUUUGAAUAUUUAAUCGUUUACGUGUUGUCAUAUUACAAACUAUUAUAUUAGACAUUGGUUUAUACUUAGAACAUAUAUAUAUAUAUUAUAUCAAUUAUUAUUACUAUUCAUUUAAAUAGGUUUAUAAAUUAUAUAUAACAUUUAAUUUUGUCAACGUAAUGCAUAUCGACGUCCUCGUCUUCCAACACACGUUAAAAAUUUUGAAAAAUAUUAUUUUUGUUGUUUCUUUUUUUGUAAAUUUGAAUAUUUGUACUCGAGUGUCUUUUUCCUCUAUCGUACUUAAGUAAACAUAUUAUAAAACUAUAUAAUAUCAUAUGUACCUAUUUAUGUAUUGUCGUUAUUAGAAUAAUUAUUACUUAUCCGUAACGUAUUCUUAGAAACCUAUAUUUAUAUUUACUAUUAUUGUUAUUAUUACAAUUAUGUUUGAUCUAUUCGUAUUAAAUUAGUAUUACGGUAAACUACUACCCCUAUUAUUAUUAUUAUUAUCAUCAUUAUUAUUAUUGUUUACACGACAUAUUAUUACUAUAAUAAUAAAAUGCACAAUAUUUGAAA